CCAUCAUGACCACUGUAUGUGACUGUAGUAACGAGCGAAAGGAUGGGUUCAUCGCCUUCGACGAUGAAGACUGCCUCCUUGGAUCGGAAGAUCCUGCCCCCCCAAAAAAUGUUACGUACACCCUGUACUCCCAUUUACCAGAAGUUAAACGAUUCCCAGGACACGUUUGUCGCAUGUGGGCGGUCACUCGAUCUAUCUUUACCGACUUCUUCGGUUGGCAUUACACUACUGAAAGUAAAUGGGCCGUUCCAGUAUCCACUUCCGACUGUGAAGAAAUGCGGGAUCUAAGGAAAUGCAAAAACGAGACAAUGAUACUGUACGCGAAAGGCAGUCACAAGUACACCUAUGACGUGAUGCCCUCGUUACAGCCGGUUUGGAUAACAAAACGUUGGGCCGUCACAUUCCAUUGUAAAAUCACGGAGGUCGUGCUGGAAAGUAAGGGCGACAAUUGCACUAUCAACUCCCCCGUCGGUACAAUCGAAUUCCCCUAUAACGGUUCCGUAACCAGAAACCUUCAAACGCUUAUUUGGGAAGACGCGUACAAAGAAAUAAAACCCUGUAAUCUGAAACUAGCAGGCGAAUCGGUAAACGACGGCCUGUUGUACAAGACUCACGAUCCAAAAAUGCAGCGCUUACAGGACCGGAUCAGCCAAACAGACUACCUCGUUAAUGUUACGAAGGAAUUAGAACGGUGUGGCAAAUCCGCCUUCUUCAGCAUUAAUGGAAUGGAAAAAAUCCUGAUUGUCAUUAACAUACCAACGCCGGAACUGUAUACCUCAUAUGCCUCGGGUUUUACGAACGCUACAGAACCACUAGCCACUCCGUUGUUAGUCGAAGUACACACAAACGGGUCUUACGACAGCAUCGAUUCCCAGAAUACCACAGAGCGUAAGAUUCCUGCGUCAUUAGCAGCAGAGAUCAAGCAGGCGGCUCAUCAUCAAUACACCAGGGAUCUGGCACUAGACCAAGUAAAUCGGCUGGCGAAUGAAAUUAGACGCCUCCAAUGCGAGAACCGAAAUGCAAUACGCAAUAGUAUCCUCUUGAGUGCUAAGAACGACGGGUGGUACGCGGCUACCCAACUUCAACUGCCUAGUUGUUCAAGAUUAACGGUGUAUGGAGCGCAGGUUGAGGUAGCACGUUGCGCACCUUUUAAUGUAUCCUUUGGGGCCGAGCGGACGAAAUGUGGAAAUCAGCCCCGUUUUAUGAACUUCACAAUAGCCCAUAACGGAUGGCAACUUGUUCCAUACCACCCAUGUUAUUGGCCUGAACCUAACUACGUCAACUUUAAUGGGAAAACCCACAUCUACGCGGAUGGUGGGUGGGUUCCGGUAAUCACAACAGUUCCAACAAACGGCAGAUGCCUGGUCGGAUUGGCGACGUAUGAAGCUGAUAAUUCUCUACAAAAUUUUUUGCAAAUGAAUCCCGCGAUGCAAAACGGGCCGUUGAGUCACGCGUUGGUGAUGGCCGACAUCUUGGCUUCUAUUCAUGAGCAUUACGCAGAAGAUAACUCACGUCAAUUAUUGAAAUCAAACGUACUCAUUCAUCACGGCGACGCACCGAACAUUGAUUUCGUCGCUAAGAUCAGUGGAUGGGUAAAGAAUUUCGGAGCAGUCUCAGGAUUUGGUGCGUUGUCAGUAUUGGCCGUGAGAUUUUGCGGAAUCGGUUCACUACUACUCAAGGCUUUCCCCCUCCUUUCCAAAAUCCUCCAAAUGACUUGUUUCAAAAAGCCUCCAUUGGCCAUCACCGCUGCAGAUCUACCCAUGUCCAUCGACGUACAACCAACAGCAGUGACCAACCCAUCCCAAUCCACCGCAUCCGCAUCGGCAGCAGUUCCGCAGCGACGUACGCGACCGCGCCAACCACGACCACCACACACGACUCAGGAAGGCGAGGCCUGUUUACCACGUAGACCACGAUCACAGCCACGAAGAGUCGAAUAA